CCGAUGAUUAAUUUGCCCUGUAACGCGGCCUCGAUGUCACAGGUCACGCCCUGUCAGAACGUACCCGUGCAGACGAGUCAGUAUAAUUUUCCAACAUGUCAACAACGGCAAACCAGCACUCAGCAGAUGCAAACUGCAGCAUGCGGUCCGUGUACCGGAACUUCUCAAGGACCCUUCACUCACGUUUGUCACCCGGACACUUACAUAGUGACCCACCAAUGCGCACCGGGUGCAUCGCAACCAACAACGAAUCCAUGCCAUCCAACCUUUCAAGGUUUACCGCCGAUUCAUCCCGGCUGCGGCCAGCUGCCGCAGAAUAUUUUGGACCAGAUUCGUGCGUGCGUUAGUAACACCGCGCCUAUCUUUAUCCUACCCGGCAACUGUCCGCCAUUACCAGCACUCCAGCAACAACAACAGCAGCAGCAGCAGCAGCAGCAACAGCAGCAGGCCGUGCCUCCUUUGGCACCUCAAAUAACAUCUUCGCCUCCAGCGACAUAUCCACCGAGCGGAUUAAUGUAUCCCACCACCUGCUAUCCGCCACCACCGCCGCCGUUCUAUCCCUAUCCAAUGCCCGUGCCGUUCUGCGAUCCGUUUAUUCGCACCCGUGAGGCCACGGCGAAUUGCGGAUGCUGCCGGAAAGGGGACGUUGACUCUGCGGAAAUCAAAAGUAUCCUACGCGCCGGCUGUCGUUUCGACGCCACGGCCGAUCUGGACGAGCAUCGUUGCGCGCCCACCGUCGACGACACUAUCUGCUCGAAGAGGAACUGCCCGUCCUCGCUACAUCUGCAAGCUCUGGCAUCUCAAUUUCUGUCAAUGCAGGGCGUCAUACCGUGCGCCGCCACACGACUGGUGUUACGUAAAGUGCCGGGUUCGAAUGUGACCACCACCAUGGAGGACACGAUGGCGAGGGCGCAGAAAGCGAUAAGCGCACUGACAAAGGAUCAGCUGUUAACGGAAUCGAGGAACGCGCAGCAAGUGAACGCGCUGAUUAAUCUACACAUGACGGCCAAUCCGCCACCGAAUAUCAUCCCGAUCCUCACGCUGGUACAGCUGAAGAUGAAUUUGCUGAAGGUACAGGUCGAGGGACUUGUCAAUCAGAAGAUAAUGGAGAUUCAAGGCGUUGGUGUGGAGGUGGAGACCGAUCUCAUAGAUCCCACGAUCCUCGCCCUUAAAUCUGACGCUGAACUGCGAGAUUUCCUAUCGGCGCUACGCCAGAAGGAGUGCGACGAGCGAGUGAACGUAAACUUUGCGCCGUAUCGGUCGCAGCGUGCGAUCGCGGAGACUCGGCUGAGCAACGUUCAGAAUAAGAUCCGUCAAGUGGAGGCAGAGUUUGAUCGCAGACGGUGCGCGAUGCUGCCGGCGCCGACGUUGACGUCGCGCAUCGUCCAACAGUUCACCAGGCCGUGCUACUCGCCGAGGAUCGAGGAUCCCCGGAGGUUGUACGGCACGUUGCCGCCGGACACGCGCUCGCCAGACCCGUUCACCUACGUAAGACCGCGAAGCCCCAGGAGACUGCUGCUGAAGCCAUGCACAGGCAAACCGGAGACCGUUACGCGACCCGUCGCCACUCCCGCCGCACCCGGCACGCGUAGUAACCCCCCCAAAAAUCCACCGGACGAUGGUGCCGGUGCUGACCGCGCGAAGGAGGAACGCCCCGCGACUCCCGUACGACAGCGUUCAAGCACGGAGAACUGCGCGUGCUGCGACAGGACCACGUCGGAGGAGAGUAUCGGCGAGGCUAAAAAAAAACUCCGACCUAGGAUCAUCGAAAUAGACGCGGCGGCGAUCAGUGAUGUCGAGGAUUUGGAACGCGUGCGGGCGUCAUCCCUGGCGACGCCGGACGUUUGCGUGAGGAUCGACACGGAGGGAUGUGACGCGGUCAUUCCGUGUAGCGCAAAACGCUGGAUGGCCGAGGCGCGCGUCAAUGUCGACGACGACGAAUCGGUCAAGACUUUAACGGAUUCUGAGAGUGAUGUGAUUGCGAUCAGCGAGAGGGUCGAUGCGGAGGAGGAUGUUUGCGAAGCGCGAGAUGUCAUCGGGGUGAUUCGAAGCUGCGAUCGGGCAGUGCAGAAUCGGCAGGAAUUUGCAGGUUCAAAUUUGCAACAAUUUAAAAAGCAAGUAGAAGAUGAAAUUACAGUUACGAGGGGAGAUGAGGCAAUUGAGGGCAUCGAGAUUAAAAGAUUGCGAGAUGUCUCACCGUCGAAAACUGAUCGAGGAGAGGUGAGAGCUACAGCUACCGCGGGAGUCGCAAAUGAAGAUCUAAUUUCGGAUGGGCAGAAAACGGAACGAAAGUCAUCAGACGGUAUUUCAAAGGAAACAUUACCGGAGACAGAGAGACGCGUGGAUGAAACGGAAGAUAAAAACGGUGAAAUUGUAUCAUCAACCACGAUGAUAGAGAGAAGCGCGAGUCAAGUACCAAUAAACAAAAGCAAGAAGAAAAUAAGAUUUCAUAUUGUUUCAUUAAUGACGAAUAUCGUAUACGAUAAGAACCAUGAAUACGAAAGAAAGCAAAGAAUUGAGGGGGAAAUGGCAACAAGCGAAAGAGAAAUGAAUAUAACCAUCGAUCCGGAUAUCGAAAAAUUAAGUAAUCGCAAUUCAAUAAAAAGUCUUGCAAGAAGUCCCGUCGCGCACAAUAUUACCGGAAAAAAUCACUCGGAGAAUAUAUUCUCAAAGAAAUUGAAUCUGCCGAAGCUCUGCUUCGAUCAUCAAUGUCAAACUAUGUUCAAAGAAGAUAAAAAUACAACCGCUGCAUUAUUAGGAACAAAUAUAUUUCCUCCAUUCAAAAAUCUACAUAAAUGUGUAACAGCUAAUGAGAAAAACGGAAAUGACGUGGGAACUUAUCCAAAUCCGAUAACGAAAGCAAGAAUUACGACUACAAAACGUUUAUCUCACUGCAAUGACGUAGAAGGGAGCACCUUAGAGAUUCUUUCCAAGAAUAACGUGCCUUAUCAUUCCAAUACGGAAUACGAAGAAAGCUUAAUUUGGAAACUACCUUCUAUAAUUAGCAACCGCGUAACGGCAUUCAUUAAUAAAAUAAUAUCGCUGAAUGAAAGACUGUUAUGUGCGAUUCGUUGCGCGAUAUUUCAUAAAAACGUUGAUAUCGUUAGAAGAGACAUUCCGAUAAGCGAUCAUCCCGAAUCGAUCUCGCAAGACUGUGAUCCCUUCGCCAAUGCUCCUUUUAGUACGAAUUAUAAAACUUCCAGAAGUAACAGACGUGAUUUUCUCGACGAAAAUUUAUUACGGAUUUCUACGAAAGAAGAAUCUAAUGAAAUACAUAAAAUAAAACAUUCAAUAAUUGAAGACCAAAAAAAUGAUACAAGAUAUUUAUUGGUCGAUACAUCAAAUCACAGUUGUGACCUAAUACUUACGCGCGAUCUGGGUCGACCUUACAAAGUGCAGAAGAGUCUCUUGAUACGUAGUCGAUUGAAAAAUUCUCUAAAUUCGCAGGAUUAUCCGCAUCCCUUUUCUCUUUUGAAACAUACUGAAAAAAAAGUACUUCAAUCUCGUCAAGCGAAAUAUAAAAAGAACAUAGAAACGAUCAAAGAAAACGAAAUACGCGAAUCGAAGAGUAGCAAUAAAUUCUGGGCAUUAUCAAGAAUUAUAACGAGCAGCAAAAUAUUAAAAACAAGGAAAUAUGAAAAUGAGCCUGAAAAACAAUUUUUUAAUGGAUAUUCGUACGAUGAUACUAAAAUUAAUAACAGAUCUACCAUACGAGAAUAUACAGUCGUUGAUAAUACUACAGCCAGUAAUGAACUCGUGAUAAAUGUUCACGAUUAUCUCGGAUUGCAAACUAAAAUAAAUGCGAAUAUGCACGAAAAUCAACGCAUAUUUAUUGAUACCUAAUACCUGAUAGAAAUUAGGAUAAUACGUAAUACUAACAAAUAAUUAAGAAUUAUAAAGGUAUGUUAUGGUUCUUUAUGUCUCGUUAAAGGCUGAUUAAAAUACGCAACUAU